AUGCCUACCACGCUUGAUAAGACGCGCAAGCAGAUCUCAAAAAAGAGAAAUGGUGUCAUUAACGCCCUCCAUGAAAAAUCCAGAGACUCCAUGCGUCUUCACAAGGCUGGUGUAAGAGAUCAGCGAAUCGAGAGGCUGGCCGCUGCAAGAAACAAGAAGGAACAACCACUCGUUGAUCGUGUAUCUUUCUUUCAGCAAGGCCUGCGUACCAAAGACAGAGAAAGCAAUGGCGCCCCAGAGCUCGAAGAAAUUCAACGCAUGAUUCACAAUUUUGUUCACCAAUACGAUGAGGAGUACGACGCAGUCAAGAAGACCCGCCGCCCCGGUCGACCUGCGAGUGUCAAGGAGGACCUUCUCAAAGCCAAGAUCAACCUCCUCGAGGAGGAGUACAAGGGUGGAUUCAUCAUGCCUGAUCUCUUGGACAGCCACAAUGUCAAUGUUCUCCUCCUUUGGGAGGGCUCUUGGUCGUAUCUCACUCAACUGAAAUGGAUCAAGGUCAACAGCGAAGGUCAGGUUCGGUCUACAGCCUUCCCGUUAGGUGGGACAAACUGA